AAACCCCAAGUGGCCAAGUCUUCCUCCUCGCCGCCAACUUUCCUUGCCCCCCAUCAACUCCCCCGCGUCCCAGCCGGUUUCGCGGCGUUACGUCUCCCUUGGCGCCAAAUCCGCCCCUCCGAUUCCUGCCCCACUUUUGCUUGCCAGGAGUGAGGAUGGUACUGAAGCGUCUGAUGAGAUGCUGCUGCAUUAAGGACUGCAGCACUGCACGCCGACGACGACGACAUGGUUGCAUUUGGGGUGGCAAUGUCCAUGUCGUUACAAGCCAAGAGAACUGGGACCAGAAAAUCGAAGAGGCAAACAAGGAUGGGAAAAUCGUGGUUGCAAACUUCAGUGCUUCCUGGUGUGGUCCGUGCCGGGUGAUUUCACCUGUUUAUGCUGAAAUGUCACAGGAGUUAAGCAAGACGUGGGGCAUCCGGGCAACCCCGACGUUCUUCUUCCUCAAGAACGGGCAGCAGAUGGACAAGUUGGUCGGCGCCAACAAGGCUGAGCUCCAGAAGAAAGUCGCUGCCGUCGCUGGCGCCGAACAGACUGACGACGCAUGUGACAGAAGAGCAAUUUUUGCCAGGAGUCAGCAGUUGAGGAUGGUACUGAAGCGCCUAAUGAGAUGCUGCUGCUGCUGCUGCAUUGCAAAGCACGCCGGUGACAAAGAGAUGCUUGAUUUUGGGGUUGGCAAUGUCCAUGUCGUUACAAGCAAAGAGAACUGGGACCAAAAAAUGGAAGAGGCGAACAAGGAUGGGAAAAUGGUGGUUGCAAACUUCAGUACCUCCUGGUGCGGACCAUGCCGGGACAUUUCAUCUGUUUAUGCUGAAAUGUCACAGACAUACCCUCAACUCAUGUUCUUGACGAUUGAUGCCGACGACUUAAUGGAGCUCAGCGACUCGUGGGACAUCCGGGCAAUCCCAACGUUCUUCUUCCUCACGAACGGGCAGCAGGUAGACAAGCUGGUCGGCGCCAACAAGGCUGAGCUCCAGAAGAAAGUGGCCGCCGUAGCCGGACAGACUGACGACGCAUGUGGCAGCAGAAUAGGCUAGGCAAAGGCCAUGGUAGCGAUUCUAGUUUCUGUGGUAACAAUAGGUGAUUCAGUAGAGCUCACACACUGCCAUGUAACAGUACGAUUUGACUUCCUUUCAAAAAGAAACAUUACGAUUUAACAAACAGUUCCUACAUCAGAGAGGAAGAUCGAGAGGCAGUACCUUCCAGUGCUCGUAUUGCAAUGUCAGUUCAGUGCUUGUGAGUCAGAUAAACUGAAUUCCAUUCGGACUACAUCAGUGAACGUUUU